AUGCCUCUUGACGAAGAAGGGGCCAAAUGGUCUUGUGAACCAUGUAUUCGGGGCCACAGAUCGUCCAAAUGUCAACACUUCGACCGGCUCAUGAUGAAAGUGCCUAAGGCUGGGCGCCCUUUGGCGAAAUGCCCCCACCCGAAAGGAACUUGUAGUUGUCAGAAAACUUAUGCAUUCAUGGUCCGCAUUCCAAAAGGUUCAACAUGUCUAUGCCGACCUUUAUACACAGUCCCCACAAGUCCUAGUGAUUCAGAUCAACCUCCGCAAGCCUCCCUACCUGGAGUCCAGUCGCCCGCCCCAGGAAAAAUCCAGAAAGUUGGAAGACGACAAAGCCAUAUUCAUGCUGCACCGGAAAAUAUCGCCAAGGCCCUAGAAUCUAUGUCUGACAAUGUGAAGCUUGAAGAUGGAACGUCCCAAUAUUUGGCUGAGCUUCCUGCGCAUCAAACCGCUCGCAAUGGAAACCAUACUCCAAGCGGAAACGACUUGUAUGCAGCUACACCUGUUCAUGGAUAUAUUGAAAAUCCACAGCCAGCCAAGACGUCAAGCUGCUGCUCUUCCAAACCUGCACCCCCACCCCCACCCCCACCUGCAGCUGAAAGUGGUGGUGGGUCUUGCUGUAGUGGAAAGCCAACUUCGCGCGGGGCACCUAGCCAUUUGGAAACACAACCGUCACCUGCAAAGGACUCUGCUACGUGGAACAAUAUGUCGUAUAUGAACAUCCCAUCAUCGCAGUCUUCGUGGCAGAACUCGAUGCACUCUACGCAAAACCCGUACAUGCAAUCGUUUGGAAUGCAGGGAUCCCAGCUUCCACAGUUUUACGCGGAUAACUAUACACCAAAUCAACCUGGAGCCCAAUAUUCAAAUUUGAUGAAUGGGCUUGGGAUUGCUCAGAAUUCCAUGGGUACAUUUCCCAAUUCUGCUCAAAAUGGGUAUGCCUCCGUGCCGACUUCAACACCUGCCGGCGAGCCUUGCUACGACUGCAAAUGCGGAGACGAGUGCCAGUGUCUAGGCUGUGCAGCUCACCCCUUCAAUAACACAACUCGUCAACACGUACAAGAAAUGAGUGUUAUGAUGACAUUUGAUGACGACGAACACACUCCGGAAGCCAUUGGGAAUUCCUUCCAGACGCCUUCUUUCCCCACAACUACUGCCCCAACUCCCAUGAACUUUUACAUGCACCAAGCACCACCCCCUGUGGACCGCGGCAUCACUCACAAUUCGUUCGAUCCAUACUCAAAUCCAAGCUCAGGGAUGCCAAGCGGCUACUCUUCUCCCAUACAAGGAGGCCAUCAUCUGAACCAACAAUUGAUGCAUCCUUCCGAGUACUACACUAUAGAGUAUCCCGUUGGACUACCCUCAGCAUGCUCUGAUGUCACAGGAAGCUGCCAGUGUGGCAACGACUGUAGUUGUGUUGGAUGUCUUACCCACAGCGGUCACAAUGGCGUCCCUCUGGAGGAAGAUAUACCUGAAGCACACGUCACACAUGUUCCAGAGCACCAUAUUCCGUCACAUGGACCUGUCCCUUCAAGUUCGGCGGAGUCUCACAAUCAUCGUAUUCCUACGUUGGAAAACAUUUCAGUACCGUGUUUGAGUCCGCGAACAUUUGAGACAUCUAUGAUCUGA